AGCAUUUAUUCGCUAUCAGGGUACGGAAUCGUGGAUCUCUUGGCCGAUAAAAUCUGAGUGCGUUCAACUGUUUGGAAGUUCCUCAAUUCAGUUUCUAGAUCACAGCAUCAACAAGGCGGGCUCAUUGGAGAGCAGUUGACGUGUUGUCAAACGGCAUUGGGACUUUCAAAUUCAAUGAGGCAGUCGGCUGCCUUUUCUUUACCUACCACUACCAUCGCAAUCCACAAACGACACGACUAUUCGUCAUUUGACAGCGAUCUAUAUCCUACAGCUGAUCCUCGCACUUCGCCACGCCUUCCCGAACCUGUACCAAAUCAAGAAACAACAGCUGAAAUAUCAGCGUACGAGCAAGAAACCGUGGAGAGCCAAGUUUCUGGCCUGAAGUGGAAGACCACUGCGAUGAAACAUAGCCCUCACCAAGAGAACAAGGACACCGCUGGUAAGCAUACAGGUCUAUCUCAAUACCAUUUUCAACCAACCGCCUUUUUUUAUUUCAGAAGAGGAAGGCCGAACGCCUUCCCUGUUGGCUGUUAUAGACAUAGUUGGAACCAGGCAGUUCUAGCAACGCUCCCUCACUUUCGAGUACGUGGCCCCGCACGGACCCUUUACCGCCCUCCCUGUCAACUACAUGCUUUUCAUCGGGUGCGCCCUUGCUCCUCCAGAGUUUGCCCUUGGCAUCGGCGUCCGUGACAUGCAUGACGGAUACGACUUGGCUCACCGUCUCGCGCCGAAUGAGCCUCCAGCGUACUCCUCGCUGCCCUCAUCCAUCGUCUCAGGGAACGUACGAAACUGAAUGUUCAGGCGACACCAGUUCGUUCGGGGGAGUUUGGAUUUGUCUUUGAUAUCGCGAUGUCCUGGGAUGACGAGUUCACCGGGAC